AUGGAGAAAUAUGGAGGAGUACCUGUACAAUUCUCAGAAACAGAAGACUUCAUACACUGUAUAGACACAUGUCAACUAACAGAUUUGGGAUUUAAAAGAAGCAUGUAUACUUGGUGGAAUGGGAGAUCAAAUGAGGCUUGCAUUUUCAAGAGAUCGGAUAGGUGCUUGGGAAACCAAGCUUUACAGAACCUUUUUCCCAACUUUGAAGUAGAACAUUUGAUCAAGCAAGGUUCAGAUCAUAAUCCUUUAGCCAUAUCUACCAGAUCCAGUUCUACCCCAAUCAAGAAACCUUUCAGAUUCUUGAAUUUUUGGGUGGAGCAUGAAUCUUUUUUGGAUGUAGUAAAGGAGAACUGGCAAGAAUGGCACAGUGCUGACCCCUUUUUUAAUUUCCAGAAUAAAUUGAAAAAGAGGAGAUUACAGAAGGUGCAAGCUGGAUUAAUAAGGUUCUAUGCAAUUGAAGAGAAAUUUUGGAAACAAAAGACAGGUAUGCAAUGGUUUGCUGAUGGAGAUAGGAAUACAAAGUUUUUCCAUGCUCAUGUAAAUGGAAAAAGAAGAAGACUGCAGUUGAAAAGGAUUCAAGAUCAUGGAGGGGAUUGGGUAGAAGCAGAGGAAGAUAUAGUCGAAGAAGCCAUCAGAUUUUAUUCAGAUCAAUUCAGAGAAGAGACUAUUCGCUCUGAUUUUACCUUGCUUAAGCACAUUCCAAAGAUGAUAACAGCAAAAUAG